CGGAUUUUUUGAGCUGCAAAUACAGAUGAAAAUGUGGCAUCACUGCUUGAAAAAGCGAUUGCAAAUAUUUCUCAAAAACAUCUGGCAUCGCUGAUUUCAGACAUUUUUCCUCCUUCUAUUAUUUCACUCAAGCUUACUAACGCGCUACUAGAAACUGCUGCUAACGAGCCAAAAUGGAGACCUAUAACCCGUAUGGAUCAGCCGGCAAUGGCGAACAAGACUUCGCUAACGAAACAAAUUAUGUUGACUGCAAAGAUGCAGAACCUUUCGAGAUGAUGCCGGACGAUAUGAAUGAUUUUGCUGUUGUCGACGAGGCAGAAAUAACCGACGAUGACGAGGAUUCCGAUGAUGAAGAUUCUGAUUGGAUGCCUCCGGAGAAACCGGAUCAUGACGUAUGGGUUUGUCCUGCACAUAAGCUUGUACCUCCCGGAAGCACAGAAUACCAGAGCCAAGAGAGCGACCCACGUUGUGCAGAGGACUGGCCGCUCGCUAAAUAUUGGCCUGUUUACGUGAGUAAUUUCCGAGUAUUUUCAAAACACGAAGAAAUCUGUGUACAAGCGGUCCACGAGUAUUUCGCAUGCAAGGGUAUUCCCAGCUUUAUGGUGUUUCGCCUGAAAAACAAAUUUUACAAAAAAUAUCUAAAAUUUGUUGGAUUUACUGAUAUGUUGGUAUACUUUUGCUGCCAAAAAAACGCUAGAAAGGCCGUUGAGAUGUGUCAUAGAGAUCUGUACUACGGCUACAGGUUGAACGUUUACCGCGGUCGCAAUCGGACUUUUUUCUCUGUCGAUAAUACUUGGUUCUUUAAAGGAAAAACCUAUGCAGAUAAAUUUGCAACUGAAAAUACAACGGAGAAAUAUUGUAGCCGCUUCGAUGAGGUGACCGCGGUAUCAAAGUAUGUUUUUCAGGGCGUUUACGUUGAAUUUCGUACACCAAACCUACCCCGUGAAACCUUGCAAAAUGAUCGGUUCGAGGUGAAUUUUAUUUCAAACAGAAUUAUGAAGCAACGUUUUAUUGAGCCUGACGUGAGAGAACAGAUAACGAGGGCGUUAAAAGAUCGGCGGUUUAUGAAGUGCCGGCCAUCGCGUCAAGUACUGCUAUCACUGAUGGAAGGUUCCAUUCCGGAUGUAUGCCGAAAAUGGCAAACGGCGGAAAUUUAUUUGACUGAUGAUCCAGUAAUACAAAAGAAUUUGGAAAAUAUAGCUGAUCGCUUGCGUAGUCGUUUCAACCGGCUUGAAAGACUAGAGGCUGCAAAGAAACUGAAGAGAUCGGCAAUGGCUAUAACUCACUCUCAAAAAUGGUUUCAAACCAAAAAGCCUCAGCGAGACAUGCGCGACAAUGCACCAAUAAAUUCGCGCUCUGGCAAUAAAAAUGUUCAGCAACAAGAGCGAAACAGAGGUCAAAUAACAAAUCAACAACAACAGCAAACUGGGAAUCUCACCAGAAAGCAGCGGCGAAGGCUAAAUCAGGAUCAAUUCCCAACUCAGCCGCAACGACAAGGUGUGAAUCGAUUUCCAACUCAGCAGCAACGGCAACAUGUGGAUCCGUUUCCAAACCAGCAGCGACGGCAAAAUGAAGCUCAAUUUACGAACCAAUCUAGUAGAAAUGUAUCUGAACAAAUAGUACCACUAGAACGCCAACGUUUGCUUGUCGAUCUUUAUUUUGAGAGCCAAUUACAACAAAUGAAUCAACUAAUGAUGAAUCAACAACCUACAAGUACUCGCCCUUCCAUGGUCGAUGGACCUAUACCUGAGGGCUUGACGAACAGACAACUUCGUAAUAGGCGCCGUGCUGCUCGCCGAAAUCGAACGAAACCAUUGUAUACUCGACAAAACCAACCGGAUGGCUAUUCGGGUUACAUGUAGAUUAACAACAUGCAGAUUGUUUAAACUAAAAUUUAGUAAAGCACGAGCGAAAUGAAAUGGUAACUAUAUACCCCUUUCACUUAAGCCUAGAAAAAACAUUAUAUGUCUAUGUGACUAGGUGUUUCAUUUUCUUAAGAGCAGGGUGUACUGGCCACAAAAAUAAGCAUCCUCCCUAAUAGUCAGACUGGGAACACCUAGCAAUAAAGCAACAUUUGCUCACGCAGUUUUCGAAAAGUGGACACCUUAGCAAUUCCAAAAAAUCACCUUUUGAAUACUUAGGUUCUUUUUUACCUCAGCGGUCAAUUUCGGUGCUUCCCUCUUAAAAAGUACGACACGAAUGUCUCUCCUACUGCUCCGCAGUUAAUAUCAACAUUUAUUCUUUUUUACGGCUGCUUCUAAAAAUGCUUUUCUAUUUUACGAAUAGGCCAAAUAAGAACAGAAAUCAGACGAUUGAAUUGAUUCGAACAAAAAAGUAAUACUAACUUUCGACACUUUCGUAACAAUUAGAUUUGCAGGAAAACAAAAAUAAUGGUUAUCAUCCGCAAAACCAAGAAGUAGAUCAGAUUGCUCGCGUAUCAUAAAUAGAUCAUUUUAACGCGGAAUAUUUCUUUAAGAAUAAACAAAUGAAUGGGGUUUGAAAUAAUCAAGAUAUUUAUUUCUAGUA